GCCGAACUCAAAAUAAAUAUUUACGACUUCAAUACGCAAGUAAAUAAAUAUAAAGGAAAAUGAAUGUUUGAUGUUUGAAGGGCAAGAAAUACGUAAUCGAUUAAUAGACACAAGUCUUGUAGUUGCUUCGUGUUUUGUUUUUAGUAUAAUUUUUUGUAGAGACAAAAACAUCUUUUAUUUUUAUACACAGUUUCACAUUCCAUCUGACUUUAAGUGCUAAUUUUAAAACGAAUCAUAUCGUGAAUGCCCUAUGAAAAGUGAAGCUUGGUCGCUUACGAACACGUGUAAAGUGUUAAAAAUAAAUUGGAUACAUAUUUGAUCAAUACUGGAAAUCAUGCCAUCUACAAUUUUGUUGAAAAAGAAGAUGAACUCGCGGAACUACAAUAAUGCCUAACUAUUUUGAAAUACCCAAAAAACAGCCAAACUCAUAAUUUUCUAAAGAUCACAUUACGUCUCUGUCUGACGGGCGUUCCCGCCUCGCACAUGCGAUCCAGGAUUCCCAUUUCCCAUUCCACUCACGAUCGCUGAGGUUGAAACCUUCAAUCGAUUUAUUUUCUAUUUACGUUAAUCAGGUCGUUGUUUUACUUCAAAUGGCCGCGGUGUGAACGAAAGGACCACAAUGGCAAACGCACUGCUGUGUUCGGCUUUGCUAACAGCGUGCCUGGUCUCCGCUCAGGUGCAUACGGCCGUCGAAACGGAAAUGUUCGCUAUACCAAUCAGCCCUAAUUUAUUUAAUUGGACUUACCAAGAGUUCGACCAGCAGUACCGGUUUCACGCGUCGCUGCUGGGUAAGCCUGAGCUACCACAGUGGCUUCACUAUAUCUACAGUGGGCGACAUCACUCUGGCUUCAUAUUCGGUACCCCACCCAGGGGCACCGAAGGACCUUUAACGCUGGAAGUAAUCGGUUUGAAUCGUCAAGACUUUGAGACGCGCCGCGUACUUUUGACCCUGAAGGUCGAGAAGAAGGAGAAGAUGGCCAGCCACGAAGUUGAGCUGAAGAUCGACAACUUGAACGUCGAGGACUUGUUAGACGCACACCGGAUGAAUCGUUUGAAAGAUAUUCUGAGGACCAAACUCUGGACGGAAAGCAGUCAAGAUCUGUACGCCACGUUCUUAGCUUCGGCCAUAGAUCUUGGUGCCAGAUUGCCGCUGAAACCCAGCGACGGUGAGGGGCUGGUGGUCCGGCUGGGCAGUUCGCACCCGUUCUCGUCCGAACUGAAACGUCUCCGCGAGGAGGUGCGCCCCCUGUCGAAGCUGCCGAGCUGCCCUCGCGACUACAAGAGGACCACAGUCGAAAGACUCUUCAGGGACGCCGGCCUCACCCUUGACUGGUGCAGGUUUGAGCUGUUGAAGACGUACUACAAGCCCCGCUCGACCGUCCAACUGGAGUACAUGAGCGACACCCCGGCGGGGGGGCGGCCCGGGCGUGCCUCCCCCGCCCCCGCCCCCUGGUCGGCGCCGGCACGGCACUCGCUGCCGACGCGGGGCUAUGCGCGGCAGCUGUCCGCCGUCCUGGCCGCGCCCCUGGCACUGCUGGCCGUGUCGGUCGCCGCCCUGACCGCGCUGGUCUGUUUCCAUUACGCUGCUGUGAACGAUCCAGAAUCCGAGAGCUUCUUCGAAAACAUAUUUCACAUUUGCAUUGAAUACAAACAAAGGAGAGCUCAGAAAUCAGCGAAAUCAGAGUUAGGUCGGCGCGGGACUGACAGUUCGGAGCAGCCUCAGCUCGCCGACAACAAUAGCUCCAAAAGUCUGGGCGCCAGUCCGAACAACAGCAUCGCUCGGUCUUACAGUCCGAAAUCGACACCGAAUCUAGCGAGCAACUACAACCGACCCCAACCCCCGCCCUACGCCGGCGCCCUGCACCACCGCAAGUCCACAGCAUCCACGCGAGGACACACCCCGGAACUCCUCCACGACCCCUCCAGAACGGUCCUGGAAGAAUCGUUGAAGCUACUAAACGAAGCGAACAUAAUUAAUUACGAAAUAAAAGAUCCGAUUGUCGAUAUCGCUGACGGCGCUGACGACUACGCCCCGAUCGAUGCUAACGAAACUGGUUUCUUGUCGGACACGACCGGUUAUUUGUCGAUGAAACCGGAUACAAACGGUAUUGACGUUCCGGACCUGGGCAAGUUCGGGCCGGUGGGCCCUAUGUGACAGGAGGUGACGGCGGAAGGCCGUCCGCCAGUCAAAACUUGGUUCUGUUAAGGUGGUGGAAGAAGACGGAUUUGCAUGUCGAAAAAAAAAAAAACGCUUUUACACCAUUUCGUAUUUCAUUUCCUUGGUUUUAUUUUCGUGACUAAUACUUUUAAGUGGGUUAGUUAUUAAUCCUGUAAAAAAGAUCGCAUAUAUAUCGACGCUUGAAAGGCAAACGUGACUAAGAGACAAUGCGUGGAACUUUACAGUAGACUAAUUUAAAAUUGAAAUACCUGAA